UUACUCUUUAAUCGAAAAAAAGGAAACUCAAUGGUAGACAUUUGUGACAGCGGAACUAGUAGCGCCAAGCGUAAUCUAAAAGAACCAUUCAAUUAUUCCAAAAACUACGGUUUUCCGAUGGAAGAUAGUCAGUGCAGUGCUAUUUUUGAGAAAAGCACACUGUGACAACAGUGAAUCAUAAAGCUUGGUUUUCCAUUUAAAGGAAAAAUAUUUUUAUUUACUUUUUGUGAUUUAAUCAGUCAAACUGGCGAAAAUGGUAUUAGCCGAAAAAAAUAGUGAAAACGCUCGAAAUGGGCGUCGAAGUACAGGGCCCAGUCCAAAUGGUCACGUACAUGAUUCCACAAGCGAGGACGAAAGCGGAGCCCCUAUAGAUAGAAUAAGAGUAGGAAGAGAUUAUCAAGCUGUUUGCCCUGAAUUACAACCUGAUGAAGAAAGAAGACCUGAGGCCCUCGCUGACAGAGCUCUCUUAGUUUGGUCACCAACUGAGGCGAUCCAAGAAUCAAAAUUGGAAGACUAUAUAGUAUUAGCGAAAGAUAGAUAUGGAUAUAACGGAGAGCAAGCCCUUGGAAUGCUUUUCUGGCAUAAGCAUGAUUUAGAUCGUGCCAUGAUGGACUUGGCAAACUUUACCCCUUUCCCUGAUGAGUGGUCUGUGGAAGAUAAGGUUCUUUUUGAACAGGCAUUUCAAUUCCAUGGAAAAAGUUUCCAUAGAAUACGGCAGAUGUUACCAGAUAAGAGUAUAGCCAGUUUGGUCAAAUAUUACUACAGUUGGAAGAAAACGCGAUCUCGCACAAGUCUCAUGGAUAAACAAGCACGAAAGCAUAAUGCCCCCAAAGAAGAAGGAGCCACGUCCGAAGGUGGUUCGGAAAAUGGUUCAAACGAAGAGUCAGAUCAUGACGAAAAGGGUGAGGGUGGCGCGUGCUCUAACUGCGGAGUCGUCUGUACAGUCACUCAGGUGACCACGAAGGGGGCCCUAUGUAAUUCCUGCUACCAACACUGGAGACGAACGGGCCUGUUGAGGCCCACUUCGGGGCCGACGGGCGGCAAGCGGGGCACCCCUUUGGGGGCUCGCCAUAAGCGCAAGCCCCCGCGCGGCAUGUACAUCAACCACGACGAUCUGGCAGCAAUGGCUUCUGGCAAUACGGGCGUCGUCAUGCUUAAAGCCAUGGAUCGAGAGCUCGAUUCCCUGCAGAGACAAAUCCAGCAGAACAAACAACAUGUAAGUUCCUUGAAGCGCAAACAUUCCGACAGCGUGGAAGAUCUCCGUCCAGGUAACGACAGUUCCAGAUACAAUGCAAGAUGGACACAGGAAGAACUGUUACUCGCUGUUCAAGGUGUUCGUAAGUACGGCAAAGAUUUCAAAAGCAUCGCCGAUACGAUCGGCAAUAAGACGGAGCAUCACGUUCGCACCUUUUUUGUCAACUAUCGCAAACGCUAUGACUUGGAUAACGUCUUGAAAGAAUGGGAAAGGGAUAACGGUCCUAUUCAGGAAGACAGUAUCGAAGUUAAAAGCGAAGACGAUAACGAUGUCAUCUGCAUAUCUCCGGUACCGGCGCCUAAGAAAGAAAUGAAAAAUGGGAAGGUUGCUCACGGGACCAAAUGAUGACUCUGCGUUUUGAGUUGAGUGUGGUGCUUCAGGGAUGUUCUCUAUAGCUUGAACCAUUCUUUCGAGACAAACUUGUUUCGUUUGAGCGGUUAUUGACUUGUUUGUGUAUAUAUAUUUUUCGUUUAAAUUUAAGGUUACGUUAGCAAUUUGGUGAACUGAGGAGUUUGUGGCACAAUCCAUUUUAUUGAAUAAAGUGCACGGUUUUGGCUGUAUUUAAUGAAAUGGAUGAUACGAGAGCAAUAAAGUGACAUUUCGUAAUCAACUUUCACUUUUUUUAUAUAUUGCAAUUAGAAAAAAAGUUAUGAUCUCACAAUCAGGUUUUUCAUAGAUAUUUAGGAAAGGUAAUUUCAAAAGGUGUCUUCUAUUGUCUCCAACUAAUAAUGGAUUCAAAAAA